UUCAAUAUAAACUAAUCCCCACCACCCCAUUUCUUCACAUAUUCAUUUUGCAUUGAUGCUUCUGUUUUGUAUUAUCCUAUGAAGAACACACAGCUUCAACAUUUCAGGAUGAAGAUGGUCUGUGCUUUAGUCUUCAUGCUCAUGGUUAUGGUAUCCACAGUAUAUUGCAGGAUUGUUGAAUUGGUACCUUCAGAAUAUCGGGGUAAGGGACACCAUUACAAGCCUCUCAAGAUAGAGAUUGCUAGGUUUGCAACCUCGGGUUCUCCUGCCUCCAUGGGAAACCCAGAGACUUCCUCCAAAGGGCCAAGGUCCCUAGCUACAAUAUCCCAAGAAAGCUCUAUGUCGCUGGAAAAUUGUGUAAGCUAUCUGGAACUGCUUGCAGAAGAAGGAUAUGACACAGACAAUGAAAACUUUGUUCCAAAACCUUGUUGCAGAUUUUUCGAAAACCUUGGGAAUGAGGAGUCUGAGGCUUAUAUGUGUGAAAAUGUGAAAAAGAUAUUUGGAAAGUUUGGCAAUUACUAUGCAUAUGUUGAGGCAGGGCUUGGGAUUGUUGCCAAAUGCAAGAAUAAAUCUCCUGCUGCUUUUAGUUGUAAGGGACAGCAUUAAGCGUACUCUCUACAAAGAGCCAUCAGGAGAUAUAAUUAUAGCAUAUGAUAAGGAAUGAAGCGGUGAUCAUAUCAGGAGAUAUGUUUAACCUCUUUUUUCGAAUAGUCUGUACUGCUCCCUUUCAUAUCAAUAAAAUA